AUGGACAGUGCACCGUUGGUGCCGGUACUGGGCUCCAUGGCGGCGAUUCAACAAGCACUGGCUGAGGAAACCGAGCGUCUGGUUGCCCUGCGCUUUAGUAGCGAUCCAGCAGCUGUAGAUUGUGUCUUCAUGGACGAAAUCCUCGCAAGAUCAGCAGCGCGCGUGCGGAGGUUCGCAGUGGUGUACGGUGUGGACUUGCGGCAGGUUCCGCAGGCUGCGCGGCGCUUCGGCGUUGAGGCGUGGCGACCCCUGUCGCUCCAGUUCUAUUAUCGAAAGCGCCUCAUCAAGGUGGACUGUGGUACUGGAGACACGGCGCGUCUGACCCGUCCGGUGCCGAGCGUGCAGCAGCUGGUGGACCUCUUCGAAGUCGUCUAUCGACAGGCGUUGCGCGGAAAGGGUCUCGCGAUGGCGCCGUUCCGACUCUAG